AUGUCCAUUGCGGAGCUGUUUCCUGACGCCAUCGCAGACGGCGAGGGCACCACUUACAUACCGCUCAAAGACUCGGAGUACAGGAAUAGCUAUAGCGAGCGUCUAUUCACAGCGAAACACUACGAUUGGCGCGACGAUUUUGUUAAAAACGGCUAUGUCGUGAUUAAAAACGCUAUUCCACGAGAGCGCGCGCUGAAGUACCAGAAAGAUGUCUUCCAGCUGGUAACAACAUUCUCCAACGUCGACUUUGCGAAUCCCGCCUCUUGGACACCAGAAACCCUGCCUCCUGUGCCGGGCAAUAUUUACAGCGGCCACGGACUCAACCACGAAAAAGUGUUUUGGGAAGCACGACUUGAACAGGGCGUUAUCGACGCAUUUGGGCAUCUUUGGGGUACCGAUCAACUUCUUGUAUCUUACGAUGGCUUCAAUGUCACGCUGCCGGUUAAGCGAACCAUCCAACCGUGGCCGCAUUUCGACCAGUCGCCAUAUAAACAGGGUCUCCACUGUGCGCAGGGAAUUAUAUGUUUGAGCGACCACACGGCUUCUGACGGUGGUUUAGUGGUUUACCGAGGCUCUCAUCUUUUGUUUGAGGAGUUUUUCAAGACUGUUCCUGAUUGGGAAAAGAACGACUACGUCGAGCUGACUCCCUCGCAGCUCGCCUGGUUCACAGAGCGUGGCUGUGAGGAGGUCAAGAUUUCGUGCGAGGCCGGCGACCUCAUUAUCUGGGACUCGCGGACGUGCCACUGGGGAAGACCUCCGACCGAAAAAAGUGAGCAUGUUCGCACAGUUCUUUAUGCAUCAUAUGCUCCGGCGGAACUUGCGUCGGCCGAAUUUUUGGAGAAACGUAGCAGGCUAUUCUACGCUGGAGAAGGAACCACGCACUGGACCCACUCGAAUUUGGCGUCGUAUUCGGCACAUAUCCCUGUGCUGGCCCACAGAAAUCAGCCGAGUAGUCCGCCAGAGCCUUCCGACAGGCUGUUGCAGCUGGCGGGUAUAAAAAGUUACUAA